AUGGACAGCAAAGGUUCGUCACAGAAAGCAGGGUCACUCCUGCUCCUGCUGUUGCUGGUGUCAAAUCUCCUCUUGUGCAAGAGCGUGGCCUCCCUUCCCAUCUGUCCCAGCGGGGCUGUCAACUGCCAGGUGUCCCUUCGAGACCUGUUUGACCGUGCAGUCAUCCUGUCCCACUACAUCCAUAACCUCUCCUCGGAAAUGUUCAACGAAUUUGAUAAACGGUAUGCCCAGGGCAGAGGGUUCAUUACCAAGGCCAUCAACAGCUGCCACACCUCCUCCCUCUCCACCCCUGAAGACAAAGAACAAGCCCAACAGGUCCAUCACGAAGUCCUCCUGAGCGUGAUCCUCGGAGUGCUGCGCUCCUGGAAUGACCCUCUGUACCACCUGGUCACGGAGGUGCGGGGUAUGCAAGAAGCCCCAGAUGCUAUCCUAUCAAGAGCCAUAGAGAUUGAGGAACAGAACAAACGACUUCUGGAAGGCAUGGAGAAGAUAGUUGGCCAGGUUCAGCCUGGAGUCAAGGAGAAUGAGGUCUACUCCGUGUGGUCGGGACUUCCGUCCCUGCAGAUGGCCGAUGAAGAUACCCGCCUUUUUGCUUUUUAUAACCUGCUCCACUGCCUACGCAGGGAUUCACAUAAGAUUGACAGUUAUCUCAAGCUCCUGAAGUGCCGAAUCAUCUACGACAGCAACUGCUAA